GGACUGCGAUGUUCUGAAUCGAGUCGAUGACAGUGGAAGAGAGCGGCAGGAAAUCCGCGCUCUUGUACAGAUGCCUCGCGGGAAAGAACAUAAUUCGUCCAUUUACAGUAUUCAAUUCCGGAUGCCAACCUGAAAAUUAAUUAAGUGUCUGGGUUACCCGGGAAAACAGUGCUGAGCAAACACAAGGAUGAUUACCACCACCACAGUUACAUGCAUGGAGAAGACAGUCCUGGCCAGGAACGGAACAAACACAUAGGCAUAGAUCCUAAUGCUUACUGAGAUAAGGUGCCGUAGUGUCCUGUCCUGAGGCUCAGUCAGCUGCUGGGGUGAAGCAUCAAUGAAUGCCACCUCAGGCCUUUGAUACAGAGAAAUUCCAUGAUCCAUCUCCUGUCGUCUGUGAGAGGCUGAAAUCAUUAGGUUACACUGUGCCGCCGUGAGGCCAGGCAGUAGGGAAAAUGAGUCAGAAUGGAGGAGAAAAGUGAACUGUCAUUCUGUAAAUCCCUCAGCCUGGAAACAUACUGGGAAAACCGCCUUAGCCGUUCAUUCAAAGAAUUGGGACAUUUCUAUUUUCUCUCUCAUUUCGGCAUUUUGCAUUUUAAAUGACAGUUUAAGUCACAGAGCCCUUUUGACUUUUCUGCUGCUGUGUCCGAAAGAUGCCCUACUGGGAUCUGAGUUCAAGCCGGGGGUGUAAUUGAAAAGGGAAUGCUUUUGAGGCCAAGUAUUUUAGUUUACCCACCCCCUUAUCUCAGCUGUGAAGAGGGAGGAUUCUCUUAUAAGUUACCCGAAACCACAGAGACAGUGGUGGGAAAAGAGGGUGGGAUAGAGUGAAAGGAGGAAAAGGAGGGGUGAGAGGAACAGUGAGCAGAGUGUGAGGGAGUGAGCGUACACAAAACCCAGACACUGGGUGACUCCUGUAACCAAGGACGAAGGUAGCAACGCAUCACAACGCCACUCUCGCCCAGUGGACAUUCUAAAGAAAGGAGAGGCGAACACUCAGACUCAGAUACUCAGCAGUCUCCCAUUAUUCAGUCCUGAGCCCCUGGGGUUAGAGUGGCUGCCCUGGAGGGCUGAAGUCUUGACACAUCCAGAGUGGACUGCACUGAACACAAGACUGAUGUGGGUGGAUUGAGUUCGAUCCUCUUUCAGAGUUGACUGUUUCAGUGGUAUAAUUGUAUUGCUUUCCUCUACUGGCCGAUAUUUGCAUCUGUUUGACCAGCGAGGUCUGGACUGAGAGGGUUGUUCAGUUAGUUUGUGUCAAGGUGGAGCAGGAGUAGGCGUGGAGGAGUAACCCAAGGCAGUAAGGAGAAAGGUAAAGACCAUGGGCAAAUCAAACAGCAAGCUCAAGCAGGAGGUGGUGGAGGAACUGACCAGGAAGACCUACUUUACAGAGAAAGAGGUGCAACAGUGGUACAAAGGCUUUAUAAAGGACUGUCCAAGUGGUCAGCUGGAUGCUGUGGGCUUUCAGAACAUCUACAAGCAGUUCUUCCCUUUUGGUGACCCCACCAAGUUUGCUUCUUUUGUCUUCAACGUCUUUGAUGAAAACAAGGACGGACGCAUAGAGUUCUCUGAGUUCAUCCAGGCCCUGUCGGUGACCUCUCGGGGGACACUGGAUGAGAAGCUCAGAUGGGCUUUCAAAUUGUAUGAUCUUGAUAACGAUGGCUAUAUCACACGAGACGAGAUGUUAAACAUCGUAGAUGCCAUAUAUCUGAUGGUGGGGAACACUGUAGAGUUACCAGAAGAAGAGAAUACACCUGAGAAGAGAGUGGACCGUAUUUUUGCCAUGAUGGACAAGAAUGCUGAUGGAAAGUUGACCCUGCAGGAGUUUCAGGAGGGUUCCAAGGCAGACCCCUCCAUUGUGCAGGCACUGUCACUGUACGAUGGGCUGGUAUAAGGCAGAAAGUGUUUGAUUCCCAAGUGAAUCUAACACAGUGCCAUCACACCUGCUAUGAGAAGAAGCAUCUACAAACAUCAACAUCCCUCCAUGCACCAUCCAGAAGGAGACGUGGGAGGGUGAGGAGGCGGGCACGGACUUGUGUAAUACUGUCCUCAAUUGCACAUAUUCAUCUCCACUAAGCAUUGAAAACAACUCUGAGACCUCUGAUAUUACAACAUGUAAAAUAAAACAAGGGCAAGGGGGUAAGAGACACUGAACGUAACAUGCGAGGAAGGAAUUUGUUGAUGGUAUAUGUCUGUGGACUUCAUUCAAGAACUCAAACAAGGGAUGGACAGCACUGAAGACCAGCUUUAGAGAGAGUGUAAAGGUUGUUAUUCCCUGUGGUCUACACUGGAGGAUACCCCUUGAGGUGUGUGUGAACUGUGAACGGCGCUCAACAGAGCCAUAGUGGUGUUACUGACAUGUGGAGAGCUGUCACAUGGCUACCUGAAAGACUACAGCGGGAGACAUCAACAGGCACUGAUUUGAGAGUGUGGAGAGAGAUCAACUUGUUUAUAAACCCAUGUGAAUAUGAUAUAGUAUACACUGAGUGUACAAAACAUUAGGAACACUUUCUUAAUAUUGAGUUGCACCCCCUUUUGCCCCCAGAACAGCCUCAGUUCUGUUGAGUGUGAGAAAUCCAGCAGUGUUGCAGUUCUUGACACACUCAAACCGGUGUGUCUGGCACCUACUACCAUACCCUGUUCAAAGGCACUUAAAAUUGAUGUCUCAAUUGUCUCAAGGCUUUAAAAUCCUUCUUUAACCUGUCUCCCCCCCUUCAUCUACACUGAUUGAAGUGGAUUUAACAAGUGACAUCAAUAAGGGGUCAUAGCUUUCACCUGAAUUCACCUGGUCAGUCUAUGUCAUGGAAAGAGCGGCUGUUCCUAAUGUUUUGUACACUCAGUGUUGAUAGGUGUGUAACAUUUAAUAUUUGUUGCCUUGCUACAUUUGUUGGAGUGCUGUUUAUUCACAUGAAAUGAAGCUUAAGAGUUUUUUAAAAAUGGAAUACCUUUUUUUUUAUCCUCCUUCAAAUACAAACUGCUUCCUUCUGAGGAGAUUUCUUUUAUAUUUUUAUUUGAGGGGAAAGUGGGCAGGGAGGGGCUUUUGUAAGGAUUCAUUUAUUAUGUUUGUGGUAUGUACCUCCUAUUGUGUUAGAUGUGUGUUCCCUUUCCCAUCAGCGCUACCAUCAAGGCAUUGUAAUGUUUAAAGCCACUUCUUGAAUGGCAAGACCAAGCAACACAGUGUAAUUCUUCACAGUUGACAUAUCCCAAUUGAGGCUCAUUAUUUCCUUUGAGCGCAUCUUACUCCACCCUGUGUAUACACAAGGCUUCGGCUAUUGAGAACAAACAGGCAUACAUUCUCGUUGUAAAGCUGUUUGCGGGCUGUGUGUUUGAGUCUGUCGUCUUUGUGUCUGUCCUGUGUGUUCAACAGAAAUCACAGAUCCCAGCAUGUGAUGAUGCUUUUUCCCCUCCAGUCUUGGUUAUUUCAGUCUGAACAUUAGGUAUUUGUCAGCUUCAUUGAUUUAGCCUUACUCAAGUGAGAAAGGUCAUUUCCCCCUGUGCUGUCAUUUACAUUGAAGAACACAGAGCACAGAAUAAAAAGCAUUUUAAAUGUGGCUGCCUUUA